ACACUAUAAAUUUCACAUCGUAAAAAGCUUUAAUGAAACAACUAAUGGCAGAACUCAUUAAUUUUCUACGCACACCAAUUUAUAUUUUCACUUCAAAUAAAUCAAACUAAAAUUCUAAAAUCGUGUUCUACUUUCAUGGGAGUUGAUUUUGAACUUGUGGGGGGAUUUGAGAAAUGUAGAGUGAAAUUGUUUAUGGAGAUUGUUGUGUCGAUGGACGGAUUUUAAUUUUAGUGGUUGAUCUAAUUUGUUUAUUCAUAAUCUAUGCGUAUGGGUUGAGGGGGCGAGUGUGAGGUGUAAUAAACGUCACGAUGACGGAAAGAGUGAAUGCGAGUGAUGUAGAGGAACGUAUUUGCCUGCUACCGGAAGAACUUGAGAUCCUGGAGGAUCCCAGAACAGCUUCCCUCAAACGGGUUUGCUACGGUAUUGUGCUGCCGGCCAUCUGUUGCUUGGGUAUCAUCGGAAAUAUACUCAAUCUCGUUGUUCUCACCCGUAGAAAUAUGCGAGGAAUUGCUUACAUCUACAUGAGAGGAUACUCUGCUGCAGCAUUGCUGGCAAUACUCUUCUGUAUACCAUUCGCCCUCAGGGUUCUCAUCCACAAGGAAACGGGCAGAUGGAGCAAUUGGUCCCAGGCAUUUUAUCAUGCCCAUCUGGAGCUCUUUCUAGGGAAUGCGUGCCUAGGUGUUGGUGUUAUGAUGUUACUCGCACUGACAGUCGAGCGUUACGUUAGCGUAUGUCAUCCAGGUCAACACACCCGUCCAUUAUGUGGACCACCUCAUCUCACAGUAUCGCUCAUACCUCUGGCAACUUUCCUCGUUUAUCUGCCGAGUGUAUUUCGGGGCGAAAUUACAACCUGUCUAGUGUCGUCUGGUGGACCUCUUAUCUAUCAGAAGCGAGACAAUUUGUCAUUUAUGCAUUCUGUAUUUUACCAGGUUUACAAGAUAGUGCUAGAGGUAGUGUUUAAGGUAGCCCCAACGAUAUUGCUAGCUGGCUUCAAUCUUCGUAUCAUGCUAGUGUACAGAAGAUCGUGCGAGAGGAGACGUAGAAUGACACUGUCACGUACAGUGAGCAGCGGUGACGAGGAUCCACGUACAUUUGCUGAAGAGCGUCGUCUGGUUCUUCUGCUGAGUAGUACAAGUAUUCUCUUCCUCGUUUGCGUCAGCCCAAUGGUCAUCCUGAACGUGACCCUGAGCGAGAGCAAUUUGAGUCUGUAUCCUUACCAGGUAUUUCGUGCCCUAGCCAAUCUCCUGGAGAUAAUAAACUACUCGAUAACGUUCUACAUAUACUGCCUAUUUUCGGAGGAUUUUCGUAACACCCUGAUACGUACAUUACAAUGGCCAUGGGGUAAAUCCGGUAGGAACAGUAGGCGGAUGCCAAUGAAGAGAUCACCCAUCCCCAGGCCAACAACCACAACUACACCACCUACAACUGCUGCUGCAACACCUGGUCAUGUAGCACGUGCCAGUGUGUGAUUAAAAAAUAUUCAACAUUUAAUGAAUCAGUGAACAUCAUUACGGUUUUCAUUAAGCCUAAACGUGUAAUAACGUGUAAUAAUUAGACAUAA